AUGCUCUUAAAAGACGAAUGUGACAGUGAUGAUGAUCUUCAUGUGGGAUCAAAUUGUCGUUUUUUACAUUUUUCACAAGACAAAGCGGAAAUUAAACCAAGUGUUGAACAUAAAUACAGUCUUUCAAAAAUCGUUGAAAAAAAAGAUGACAAACAUUUUUUAUAUAUUAUUCAAAAUGCUGAAUUUGAUUUGACCCAAUUAAGGUUUGAAAAGGGAUUCAAGUUCAACAAAGAUGGUUCUGUAACAAUUGCACCCGUUCAAGCAUUCAAAAUUAAUUUCGAUGAAAUUAAGUUAAAAAAAAAAAUCGAGUCAUAUGAGAAAGUAUAUGAAUGCAAACACGAGGCAACCGCAGAAUGUAGACGGUCCCUUAUAUUUGAUGUAAAACUUUCGGCUGAUUAUUCAGAAUUAGUUUCUACUUCUAUUGGGUUAUCGCACGAAAAUUCAGAUCUGGUGCUUAAGCAAAACAUGAAACAUACUAUACAUUCGUAUGAAGGAGUAAUAAAAGGAGUAUUACCUAUUUUAGAUAAAAAUAUUGUUCUAGAAAAAAAUUUUGUUGAUGAUGUAGAAAAUGUGGUGAACAGUAACGCUACAAUUCAUGACAAGAUCAGUAAAUUUUGCGAAAUAUCACAAAAAUAUGGUCAUUUUUAUGCACGACGUCUUAUUUUGGGAGGUACCAUAAUAAGGGAUGAAGAAUAUACUAAAAACUCAGUUGAAAAUUCUAAGGACAAAACUACUAAAGUACAAG